AUGAGAGAUGGAAGCCACAGCUCGAGAGCAGCCAGCCAAGACUUGAAAGUGGUGGUCGUAAAGGACACAAAUUGCCUGUGUGCGCAGCAUGACGCGGGCUAUUCUUGUUUGCGAAACAACCCCGCUCGAAAGACUGCUUUGGCUUUUAUUACCACUAGAGACCGUGUCUCCACAGAUGAAGUACCGGCUCUUGUCGCCUGGGGUCCUGACAAGACGGCGGUCACCCUGCUUACAGCCGACUGGGAAGUACCUCAAGACAAGGCUCUGUCGAUCCAUCCUGCAGCGGGGCGCUUUCGGCCAAUGCUCUGGAUUCGAAUCCAAGGCUUCUCGCACCAUCGGGGGCAUGGGAAAAUAAAACCGAGAAUAUCGGGCAACCUCUGGGCCGUUGAUGAUAACCCCCUGGCAACUGGCCAUAUUCGCCGGUCUCUGAGUGCUUUCGCAGCCGUCUUUGAUGAUGAGAAUUACCGCGAAAACGGCAGUGAACUAAUGUGCAACGAGAGCCGCCGACCUCCGGCCGCUUUGCCCUGGCACACCCCCUUUGACGAGCCGUCAGGAAUGGUUCACCGACUUGACGUUCGCAAGCAGGGUACGUACACUGAGUUGACCCUGACAAGAAGCCAGUGUUUCGAUAACUACCUGGAUAUUGGCAUUGCUCUCUCCUUUGUCUCGUUUGACGCAUUUCAGCUCUAA